AUGACGGAAUCGAACGAGAUGUCAUGCGGGCAGGGCGCCAGUGUGGACCGUUUCCUGCAGGAGUUGCGCAAGCACGGUGCAGCGCUGCUGUACAUGCCACUGUGGGAACUGGACGAGCUGCAGGCGUGCAGGAGGUGCGGCAGCAGAGCCGGGCCCCGGGAGCACGGCAGCUGCCGUAUGGUUGUGGCUCUGCUGCGCAUGCCGGCGCUGCCGGGUCCCGGCGAGCUGCUGAGCCUGGGGCCCAACGUCGUCUUCCAGUUCCAACCGGACUUCAGCGCCCUGUAUGUGCGAGAAUGCUACCCGCGGCUAUUCGACGCCCUGGUGUGCGAUGAGAAGCCGACGAAGUACAUCGUCACGGGCACGCCUGGCAUCGGGAAAUCCUGGUUCGCGACAUACCUCAUCCUGCGGCUCCUGAAGCGCAGGUCGCCGCCACCCUUCAUCGUGUGGGAGCAUUUCAUGUAUCCUGGCGAAGCGUGGUGCUACGUGCACGAGACGGGACAAGUGGUGGUUGGGCAGCGUUCGAGCUUCAGACAGCUGCUCUACAACCCCGCGACCUGGUACAUCGUCGAUGGUGCACCGCCGCUAUUCGACAUCCUGGCGCGUACCGUGCUGCUGACAUCGCCCAAGCGUGAGACAUACAAGGAGUUGCGCAAGCACGGUGCAGCGCUGCUGUACAUGCCACUGUGGGAACUGGACGAGCUGCAGGCGUGCAGGAGGCUGAUGUACAGCACCGUGGACGAGUCGCUUACCACGGCGCUGCACCAGCACUACGGCGGUGUGGCGAGGUUUGCGCUGGGGCUGCCGUGGACCAAUCCCGGCAAGGGGCUGCACAAGCUGCUUGAGGAGCUGCGCGCCGCGGUGGACGGCUGCAACACUGCGCAGAUGCGGAGCUCGAUUGGCGCCAUCAGCUCGGGGCCGGAGGUAAGCCACAGGCUCCUGCACAUCGUUGCCAACAAGGAAACGUGCGAGAUGCAGUACCUCAAGUUCGCCAGCAAGUGGGUCGCUGAAGAGUUCGCAAAGAAGGCAGUGCACACUGAGCUGCAGGCAUUGGUGAGCCUCCUGAGCUCCACGUCGGGGGUGCUGUACGGCAUGCUCUAUGAGGCGACCAUGCAUGCCGUGCUCACCAUGGGCGGCUGCUUCACGGCUGUGCCGAUCAGCUACAACGUCAAGACGUCAACGUUCAUACGAGGUGUCGAGGAGAAGCUGCAGUUCGACCCCUGCACGGAGCAGGAGUUCUUCGAGGCCGUGCCCAGCAGCCCCAUGGAGCAAAUCUACUACCGGCCGAGCAGCGCAAGAUUCGCGACGGUGGAUGCGCUGCGGCGCGGCAAUGGCACCUGCGACUUCUUCCAGAUGACAGUGCAGAACAGCAAGAGGCUUGACACCGACACGUUGGGCCGCGCCAUAGACCAGGUAAAGCUCAAGGCGGAGGAGGUGCCGCGCCUGCACUUUGUAGUGCCAGCAGAGAGGUACGCGAAGUUCAAGCUGACAGGCGGCCGCACCUGGGUGCCGUCAAGCCAGACGGCAUCACAUGUGAAGCUUUACAUCAUGAAGGCCUGUGUGAGUACGUUACACAACGUGCGUCAGCCGGAGUACCUGAAGCUGGACGUGUUCAGGCCCAUGGCGCCCGAGGUGUUCCGGUUGUGCCUGAACACCUACUAUGUGACUGGCGAGAAGGGUGGCGCCGCCGCGUUCGAUUGCAGGGUCGGCCUCUUUGACCCGGCCAACACGGAGGCGGCCAAGGCCAAGAGCGGAGAGACGCGCACCAAGUCAUGCUACCUGUCCCACGGCCCGACAAUAGGCCCAGCCGCGGGGGGAGCGGGCUUGACGCCGCGAAAGGCGUUCAUAUUGGUGAAGAACGGCAACGUACAAGUUCAGGUGUUGAAUUGCAACGCCAGGGCCUCGCCUCGGCCCGUCUUCAGGCUUGCAGGCGCCGACGGUGGUGCUGCCGCAAGCCCGCAAGCCACCCUUGCUUGCGUGAGGAUACACACGCAGGCUGCAUUUGACUUGCGCCCACGCAUUCAGGUCCUCACACGAUGGGCAGAAUCAACUUUUGCCUUAACAGCAUAUGCCCACAAGAAGCUCACCUCGGUGCCCGACAGCUCGGCCUGCGUGUACGACGGUUUGCAAUGCUUGUUCAACCCAAACCAAAUCACAGGGUCAGGGUUCCCGGACGCCGAGCAGCCCGCCGAAAAGGUUCUUAAGCGCUUCGCCCUAGAGGCGCACAUGUGCCGUUCAGCUUCUGACCGCCCCACCUGCCAUCUGGACGCCAAUUGCGACUGGGACGAUGUGACGGCGGCGUGCUUCCUGGCUCAUGACCCGAACGGCGAUAUGAUGCAGGCCAUUGCGCCAUGUAGAGACAUGCUCUACACGGCGGCGGCUGCCUCCUGCUGGCGCCGUGAGCCGGAGCCUGACAGCUUCCUGCCCUGCGGCGGCAGCCCCUGCCGCCUCUUCACUCAGGCCAUUGACAGCAUCCCGGAGGACCGCUGCAUGCCGUACUCGCAUGCUGCCACGGGGCUGAAACCCAUACACACGUAUGCGCUGCUGAAGCGCUAUUUCGGGUCCGCCAAGAUGCCGGCAUACAAAUUGAAGGUGGCGGAUUUGAGCAACAUAACGCUCGCGACGGAGCAUGAGGCGGCUGGUGAGGUGGAUGGGCAGGGAGUGCCGCCGUUGGCUGCUGGGUACGGCAAUUGCUCGACGGCGGCGCUGCACCAUGCCAUGCGUACGAUGUGCCGGGAGUGGGACGAGAAGUCGUGUCUGUCGGACGAAAGGUGCGGCUGGAUGGCCCUACAUGGCGUGAGGUUCUGCGUGUUGAGUGCGGACACGGUCAUUGAGUUGCUACUGGGGAGCAGCCCCUUCACUCGGGCAGUGCGCAAGAUCGAGGCAACAUGCCGCGCGGUGACGUCCGAAGUCGCAUGCAACGAAGUCGUCCCGGCUCCGUAAGAGAGGGAAGGAUUGGCCUCUCAAGGGCCUUGUCCUCCACAGCGACCGGUCCUGCCAUUCUCGCUCCAUAUUGGUGUUCAGUUCGGGACCCGCGACCGCAGUAGAACAGUAGCAGCAGCGUCAGGAGCCGCCGUGGUGCUGGCAGUAGUGGCGGUGGCAGUAGUGGCGGUGGCAGUAGUGGCGGUGGCAGUAGUGGCGGUGGCAGUGAAGCAGCAGCGACAGUGGUCGUGGGGGAGUUGACCCGCGGGGAGGCGGGAAUCUUGGCAGGGUUCGGGGGGAGGGGAAAACCCUGGUGUGUCUGUAUUAUUGUGUUUUUUGUCAAUCUGAGCGGCGACGUGUGUGUGUGUGUGUGUGUGCGCUGUGGUUGGCGACGAGAAACAUAAGAAGAAAGGGGGAAGGCUGAGGGAGGAGGUGGAAUCUGCUGAGUGGAGGAGAAUGAGAGAGGUUGCGCUGCAUAGUCGCGUCCGGACGUGCUGUUACCUGCAGUGAAAUC